UCCAUCCGCACCGCACGCGCCGUGGCGCACUUUGCUUCUGCGGCUUACCUGCUGGAAUCUGCGUUUUGUGUUGCUGUUGUUCCGAAACUCACGCCAGUGACCAUGAAGGAGAGGAGAAAUGCACAGCCACUGGUGGUCAGAUGUAAACUGGUUCUUGUCGGGGAUGUACAAUGCGGAAAAACGGCUAUGCUGCAGGUCUUGGCGAAGGAUUGCUAUCCGGAGACGUACGUACCCACCGUGUUCGAGAACUACACCGCAUGUCUCGAGCUCGAUGACCAGCGCGUGGAACUGAGUUUGUGGGACACAUCAGGGUCCCCCUACUACGACAACGUGCGACCUCUCUGCUACAGCGACUCGGAUGCGGUGCUCCUGUGCUUCGACGUCAGCCGUCCGGAGACCGUGGAGAACGGCUUGAAAAAGUGGAGGACUGAGAUCACAGACUUCUGCCCCAACACCCGCAUUCUGCUGAUCGGCUGCAAGGCAGACCUGCGCACAGACGUCUGUACACUGAUGGAACUGUCCAAUCAGAAACAAACGCCCAUUACCCAAGAGCAGGGUUCGGCCAUGGCCAAGCAGCUCGGGGCCGAAACCUAUCUAGAAUGCUCUGCGUUCACUUCAGAGAAGAGCAUCCAUAGCGUGUUCCGCACCGCCGCGCUGGCCUGCGUUAACAAGCUCCAGCCUCUGGGCAAGCCCAGCCCCACUCGGCGUUCCUCCAAGAGACUUCUCCACCUGCCCAGCCGCUCUGAGCUGCUCUCCUCCACCUUUAAGAAGGACAAAGCCAAGAGCUGCUCGCUGAUGUGAGCUGGAGGAGUCCCGUUGGCACGGUCCACCCUGCAGGCUUCUCCUUCCUCUGCGCUUGUGUCUGGGGUCGGGGUACUGUUGGGAUCCGACAUCCUCAUCACAGAAGGCUUCGUUGUGGAAUCCUUCCUCAUCUCCC